AUGAUAUCGGGUCCUAGACAACCUGGAAAUGACAUUGAUGUGUACCUAAAGCCGUUGAUCGAUGAUUUGAAACUAUUAUGGGAAGAAGGUGUCGAUGUGUAUGAUUCAUAUUCUCAAGAAUUGUUUUGUUUGCGUGCAAUGUUGUUUUGCACCAUAAAUGAUUUUCCAGCAUAUGGAAACUUGAGCGGUUACAGUGUUAAAGGUCAUUUUGCAUGUCCCAUGUGUGAAAAAAACACGAGUUAUAUUCAAUUGAAGCACGGUCAGAAAACUGUGUAUACAAGACAUCGAAAGUUUCUUCCUCGAAAUCAUCCUUAUCGUAGAAUGAAAAAGGCAUUUAAUGGAAGUCCUGAGGAUGAAGUUGUAGCGAGAUCCCGCAAUGGUGAAGAAAUAUACAACCAAGUGGAAAACAUUGACAUUGUGUUUGGGAAACAUCCAAAGAAAAAGACCACGGAGAAAAGCAUUUGGAAGAAACGAUCAAUCUUCUUUAAUCUUCCAUAUUGGUGUAAACUUGAUGUACGACAUUGUAUAGACGUGAUGCACGUUGAAAAAAAUGUAUGUGAUAGCGUCAUCGGGACUUUACUAAAUGUAAAAGGAAAGACUAAAGAUGGAGUUAAAGCACGACAAGAUUUGGCUGAAAUGGGCAUCCGUUCUGAGUUACAUGCACAAUCAAUUGGAAGACGAACCUACCUGCCUCCAGCUUGUCACACUCUUUCUAGAAAAGAAAAGCAAAUUUUUUGUGAGUGUUUAAGAAGUGUGAAGGUUCCCCAAGGUUACUCUUCAAAUAUUAGUAGCCUUGUUUCUAUGCAAGAUUCAAAGUUAGUCGGUUUAAAGUCUCACGAUUGUCAUGUGUUGAUGCAACAACUUUUACCAGUAGCUUUUCGAGCCAUCUUACCUACUUCUGUCAGAGGUAUUCUAACACGUUUGUGUAUGUUCUUCAAUGCCAUAUGCAAGAAAGUUAUUAACCCUCGAGUGUUAGACGAUUUGGAAAAUGAAGCCAUUAGACUAUUGUGUCAAUUGGAAAUGUAUUUUCCACCUUCAUUUUUCGAUAUCAUGGUUCAUUUGAUAAUUCAUCUUGUGAGGGAAAUUCGAUUAUGUGGGCCAGUUUUCUUGAGAUGGAUGUACCCAGUGGAAAGAUACAUGAAGAUCUUAAAGGGAUAUGUCAAGAAUCAGUAUCGACCAGAAGCUUCUAUUAUAGAGCGGUACAUUGCAGAAGAAGCCAUUGAAUUCUGCUCAAGUUAUAUGCCAAGUUGUGAACCAAUUGGAGUUCCUAAGACUAGACAUGAAGGUAAAUGUGAAGGUAAGGGUGUGCGUGGAGUGAAGAUUCAAAGUGUUAGUAGAAAAUUAGUUGAUCAAGCCCAUUUGUACAUCUUAAACAACACUGUAGAGAAAAAGGUUUACGCGACUCCAAAUGUUUCUGAAACUCUAUUGAGGCUAGCUCGUGGACCGAGCAAUGAUGUCAUUACAUAUGGCGGUCAAGCAAGACAAAUUUUUUAUGUCAUUGAUCCAGCCAAUCAGAAAUUGUCAGUUGUAUUAGAAGGAAGAAACAUGCACGUAAAUGAUGAUGAAGAUUGUCUAGACAUACUUGAGACAACGUCUUUCUCAUCAAGAACCAUUCAAGACAAAGUUGAUGAUGUAACUGAUGACAUCCAUGCUAUUCGAAGUGAUCACAAUGAAGGUAUGACAAGCUCCGGAUCAGACCAGGAGGGACCUGGUAGAUCUGUGACUCGGUUGCCGGAUGUCACAAACCGACGAGAGAGGAUGCCGGUUCACAUUGAUCCUUGA